AUGCUGCUUAGACUUGCUAAGCUUCCAGCCGAGACGUCCCUGGAAAGCGUGCCCGGCACCGAGUGGCAGGAGGUGACCUGCACCGAUGGGCGGCGGUACUACUACCACACGACGACCAGCGAGACAUCCUGGAAGGUCCCCCCCGAGGUGACGGCGGCCAGGAAUCGGCCACCCCCCCUUGACCCCGGAAAGGCUGCCAUGCUGGCGAGGGCCGUCGCCAUGGGGGCCGAGGCCGCACCCGAGUAUCAGGGCGCCCUUCGGACAAUCCGGCUGGGCCGCGGUCCGCUUGCGCACGCCUCCGGCGCGGUCAUGCCACAGGCUGGCGCUGCGGAUGCAGGCCCCCUCCUGGCGCUGCCCGCUCCCGAGGCUGCUGCGGCCGGACAAGAUGUGGAGGACGAAGAUGUAUUCUUCACGGAGGAGGACAUUGGCGGGGCGACGGAGGCGGCGGAAGAGGCUGGGCUGGGGUCUGGUGGAGCUGAAGAACCCGAGGGGCCGGUGGAGACGGACCAGGGCCUUACAGAGGCCAUCCCGGAGGAGGGCGCUCCCGCUGGCACAGCAGCCUCCACGACUCCCGGGAGCACAGAGGUUUCACACACGCCGGCUGGACCGAUAGUAAGUGCAGCAGCUGCUAAUGCCACAGCCUCUGAAGCUCCGGGCGGCUUGACACAGCCAGACCUGCCCGCCGGCAUGGCUCCGCCCAAGGCACCUGCCGGCAUGGCUCCGCCCCAGGCCCCCGCCGGCAUGGCACCGGCUAGAGCGCCUCCUGGCAUGGCUCCGCCCAGAUUGCCCACGGGAAUGGAUGCUCCAGAACUGCCCACUGCCAUGGCACCCACCAGAGUACCUCCUGGCAUGGCGCCACCCACCCUGCCUGCUGGAUUGGCGCCGCCAGUUCGCCCCGCGGGGCAACCCGCGCAGGCAGCCCUCGUCGCAGGCGACGGGUCCCGACCUCUGGAUGGCGCAACGCCACCGGGUGCAGAAAUUCUCCGUCAGGGGCUCGAAAUGCCUGGUGCAGCGGGGAAGGAGACUGCCCGUGUCGCGCUGGAGGCGUUCGAGGGCCUGCUGCGCGCGCUGGGCAUCCACGCCUUCUCGCGCUGGGAGAAGGAGGCGCUACCUCCGACGGAGCGGAGGGCGGCCUUCGAAGCCUACUGCGCGAAGCAGGGGAGUGCGAAGAAGCCUGCCCAGAGCGGCGGUGGGAGGGGUCCUCCGGGGCUGAAGCCGGCGGGUGCAGAUGCAGGCGAGCAACUCGGCGAGGAGCUUCCUGCCGCUGACGCCGAAAAGGCCUUCAUGGAUCUGCUCAGGGAGAGGCAGGUGACUGGGUCGAUGGAGUGGUCGGAGCUGCAGCCGGAAUUGCAGGGAGACCCCAGGGCCGCGUCCGUGGCCCCCGAACGCCAGGAGGCGCUGUUUGGCGAGCACCAGUCGGCGCUCAGGGGGGCGGAGGCGGCCCAGCAUGCGGAGCGUGCGGCCCUGGAGGCCAAGCAUGCCGAGGCCGAGAGGCGGCUGGAGGCAGAGCGCCGCGCCGCCGACGCACGGCGGCUGACCGCGCAGCGCGCCGCGGCGGCCACCGCCUUCUCCACGCUGCUGGUGGAGAGCGUGCGCCACGCAGACGCCAGCUGGCGCGAGGCCUGGCCUGCGCUGCGGCGCGACGCGCAGGGUCGGGCGCGCGACGCUGCGCUUUCUCGGGACGAGGCCGAGGCCCUGUUCCGGCGCCACGUCGCCGAGCUGCAGGACGCCGCCGUGGACGGCUACGUGGACCUCCUGGUUGAGCUCCUGCUGCCCCUGAUCCCCAAGGACCCCGAGGGGUCCCUGCCGCGCGAGGCCACCAGCUGGCGCGAGGCCGAGGUGCUGCUGGGCGACGACCCGCGCUUUGCCUCUCUGCCCGGCGCCCAGCGUGAGGGGCGGUGGCGGCGCUUCGUGGAGGACGCCGACUGGAGCCGGCGGCACCCGGACCAGCCGCCGCGGCGGCACCGCCGGCGCCAGCGCGGCGCGCCCAAGCGCGAAGCGGACGCCCCUUCGGCCUUGGACAAGGCGUACACACGCGAGUACCUGGAACCUGCCGCCAAGGUCGCGCGAAAUUGA